ACGCGUGUGCUGCGUCCUAGCGGGUGGCGGAAGGGACGGUCCUUCCUAAUUUAGUGACAUUCGACUAGUUGCAACCGAGUUUUGGGCAUGUGACGUGUCUGUUGAAAAUUCGCACGCUGUGAAUAUGUCCGUCGAGAUCGUGCAGUGGAUCGUUAUUUGGUGCCGAAGCAUGAGGCUUCACCACGGUGCUUGAGCGCGCGUGCUGGCUCCGCGUUUCGCCGCCAGCGUCAAACAAUGAGUGGAAAACGCAAACCAUCCACAGCAUCCAACAGCAUCUCGAGCGACGAGGAGGAUGUCGGGAGGACGCUGGAAAAGCACGACACCUCGGACACCGGUUAUGAGUCAGUGGGCUCCCCGGGCAGUGUCAGCACGAUCAGUGUCUGCAGUGAGCAAGCGCUGGAGGAGCUCCGCAGCUCCCAACUUCCCACCGGACCUGGUCUUUGGCCUGGUGCACGGGAGGCUACCGGUGCUCGUCCCAAGACCCAAUCCAGGAAGAAAAAGAACUUACUGACGAUCAGUCAGCAGCCGGAGGUUUCGGACGAGACAGUGAUCGGCACCCCCAAAAGCCGCUUUAGACGCGAGCCGCUGCCAAUGAAGAUGCGAGCGCUGCCCCAGUCGUUCUGGCAGCAGCCCAACACGAACAGCACGUCCCCUAGCAGCGGUUCGCUGCCGCCGCUGGUCACCACGGCCAAGGACGCGCAGGACCUCAACGAGGUGCGUCCCGUCACGCCGCCCGAGUGUCGCGGUCAGGCCCGCCCGGAGGAGCGCACCCGCACCGUCACUGUCGGCAACACCGAGCUGCUCUUCUCGCUGUUCGACGGCGUGGACCAGGCCAGCGACCGGAGACGAGUGGCCGUCAUCAAGCGGGGCAGGCCGAAGAAGCAGACGUCAUCGUUGCCAAGGGUAUCGCUGGACGAUGACCCGUACAUGUCCAGCUCUGCGUCCGACUCCAUUCUGCCGCUGCUGCCGGAGCGGACCGGCGGACCGGGCACCCCAGCCAACAGGGGCACACAGAUUUUGUCGGUGGUGCAGAUUCCGGGCGGCGGCGACCGCGAGUCGAUCUGCCUGCCAUCUCUGAGCGUCGAGCACAACUACUCCAACAUCCUGUCGCAGCUCGUCAUGAAGUUGUAGACGGUUGGCGCAUGCGAUGUCUUCUACUGUUCUGCGCGGAAUAAUCAGGUGACGCCAGCGCCCCACGUCAGGAGGAUGAGCUGGCGCCGACAUGCGACGAGACAUUCGGGCCAGCUGAAACCCCGAGGAUCACUGAAGACAUCGAGUUUUGAACAUUGAUAAAUUUAAAGGACUUGUGAUUGUGCAUCUGAAUAUGGAAUCCGUUUUGCGAGUUCGGUGUGAUUUGGAAGUCAAAUCAUUGCCGGUUCAAGUGCUGUUAAGUGUACAUAAUCCGUCCAGUAGCUAGGACAAAGGCCCUAUCGACUCCGUCCAUUUCCCAUUAUACGCAGCGAUGUAAUGUUACAGUACAAACCAUGUCUGUUGUAAAUAGGAUGAGCGUGAGGCUGUAUUUUUUGAAGGGAAGAGAUGCCUGUCAUGUGAAACGUCCGUCCGAUGGUCGCCUUGCGAAUGAUAUAUUUUUGACAGGUGCCCGUGAUAGCGUACGCGUGGAGUGUUGGCCGACUGGUGUAUAUAAACCGAGGUGGACAAGAUGGACAAGAUCGGUGCCACUGCCGAAAUCUGGUUUACGAUAUGUUUUGCGACUGUUCUGCGGUUUGGAUGCUCUCUUAACUGUGUCUUGAUCUAAGCUGAUGAAAUUUGCGGCCAUUCUGAUAAUAUGUGUGCCUCUUUCCACCGUACGGCGUUAUGGGGAUGCAUUGAACACGGAGCCUGCUGGAAACCAAUGAUCAGCGAACAGAGCCUGAAAACUGCAUUAUCGUGAAAAGGUCAAAUUGUGAGUCUUGCACACAAACUGCAGUAAUCCUGUGGGAAACCUGGCCCCGGACUGGUUUGUUAGCUAGCUGCCGACGAGGAAGGCACUUCGACUCCGGGAUUAUCUAGUCACGCACUACUGCUCUCGAUCGGCCGGGUUGACCUGCAGGUCACCAGGUCACCAGGUCACCACGUUUGACGGAAUGCUGAGGCCUCAAGCCUUUGAUGCGAGCCCAGCGCGUUGCGAAGCACAUGGGCAACGAGAGCGUGGUGGUAGGGAUCUAGAUCUGACACAUGGUUGAGCGCGCUUCCGGUGGUGACCGUCCACUUCCUCAGGUCAAGGUCCUGUCCUGCCGGCACGCUCCACACAGCCCUGGCUGCGGCAAGUGCACAGCUGGCUUGGAGACUAGGUAGGGGGCUGUGACGCAUUGCAUUUCACGGGAAUGGCGGGGUAUGAGCGAAGUCUAGUUAACGGUUGGAAUAUGGAAAUACUGAUAUGCUGCGCCACCAGUCGUUCAUGUAAUCAGCACCACGCGACACCGAAAUAUGUCCUAAGAAGGUAAUUCUGCUGCGGAUGCUGCACGCAACCAAGAAGAUUUUAUCAGCAGGUGCCGCCCUAUCUCCUUAGACGAUGUCACCGUGACACAGUAGGAUUGGGCGCGGUCGCUACCGGCGCGUGCUUGCUGGCCUGAUGUGACCACACACGCACACUGCACAACACUUACUAGUCACACCAAACAGGGGAUUUGAAACCUCGAUAGGUUUAGGCCGGAGGGAUGUGAUUGAUAGAUUGGUUCAAAUGCAGCUCAAUUAAGGCUGGCGCUAAAAGGUGCGGGUUGUGGGAAAGGAAAAUCCUUUUGACUUGUGCAACGAACACCUGUAUACAGCGCCACGUGUUCUCCAAUUGUACAUGAGCGCGCACAGUGUUUCGCUUUGAUCUGCUCGCAUGCUGGAUAUCAACUUGGCCACAUCGUUGAUUAUGUACGGUCCUGUAGCACCAGUUCCCUCAGUUCGUCAUCGCCCUGUCGCCUCAUCAUCGCUACGUUUGUUUUCGAGCUCGUUUAUGCCUGGUCUGACGAAUGGUGACGCGAUCUCGGCCGCUUGUUACGUUAAGCAUUUUGUUGCGGGGUCGCCUUACAUCGCGCCCCCUUGUUUACGGCCGGUUUUGAGGGGAGGGAGCCUGAUGGGCGCGUCUGACUCGUCUCAGACGCGUCACAUCGCUGCUCACGAGAGCACAGACUCGGCGGCCGGCGCGCGUGUGCUGCGGUGCAGUAUCGGCGGUGCCGUGACGGCGCGGCUGGCCGGCGGGAGCGGCGACUUUACCCGUCUAUUGCGUGGUAGAGGACGUGAAGUCGCCGCGCAACGGAGGCCAGGGUCUAGGUUUAUGUGCACGCGGUGUUUAUUGACAUUCGGGUCUUGGUUGGACAGUGCUAGUCAUUUGUGUUGAGUUCGUGUGCAUUGCCAUUUUGUAAUCUUGGUGACACUUGCAACGUAGAUGAAUACAGACAUAUCGCUAGUG